AUGGCGAAGAGUAAAAAAUCUUUGUCCGUUCCCGAGCGAAGCGACGUGUUCGACGAGGAGUCGAUCGCAGUUCGAUCACGAUGGCGGAAUCUCGCCGCUUUUUGGAUACUUGGCCUCUGCAAUAAUUAUGGAUACGUGGUGAUGCUUAGCGCCGCUCACGAUAUCCUGGAAAGUAAAUUCGGCACGACGGAAUCCAAUAUGGAGUUUGUCAAUGGAACGAUGAACACCACCGGUCUUCGUGCCUGCAACACGCUCUCCACAGGCGCCAUCUUGCUGGCGGAUAUUUUACCCUCGCUGGCGGUCAAGGUCGUGACGCCGUUCCUGCCGUUUUACGUGCAUGCUCGUCUGGCUACCUGUGUGUUAUUUUCCGCUGCAGGAUUCCUUGUGGUGUCGUUGAGCACUACUGAAUGGCUCGCCAUUCUGGGCGUCGUUAUAACGUCACUAUCUUCCGGUUUGGGAGAAGUUACACUGCUGAGUUACAGUCACCAAUAUCCCAAACAAGUGAUCUCGACAUGGUCUUCCGGUACCGGAGGCGCCGGAAUAAUUGGCGCGCUCUCAUAUGCCUUCCUCACCAUGUGGCUGAGCAACGAGGAUACGUUGUUAGUUAUGUUAAUCAUACCGAUCAUACAAGGAAUUACUUUCUGGUUGGUUCUGGUUCAUCCGCCGCAGUCAAGUAUACCGAUCACUAAGAAUGGUAUCGACAGCCAAGAGCAGAUCAUCGAGGUCCAUAGAAAGAGCUUUAAAGAAAAGAUCAAUCUGGUACCGGGCUUGCUGAAGUAUAUGAUCCCGCUCGGGCUCGUCUACCUCUUCGAAUAUUUCAUUAACCAAGGACUGUACGAGCUCAUUGAAUUUGAUGGAAUUUGGUUGACGCACGCCGAGCAAUACCGUUGGCUUCAGGUGGAUUAUCAGAUAGGAGUAUUUAUAUCUAGAUCAUCCGUCAACAUUGUGACGAUUAACAAAAUCUGGAUCAUGGCUGUCCUCCAGUUUAUCAACGUCAUAAUUCUACUCUUCGAGACGUUGUUCUAUUACAUUCCGAGCAUUUGGAUUGUGUUCGCGUUCGUUUUGUGGGAAGGUCUUCUCGGUGGCGGAGCGUACGUUAACACGUUCUAUCGCAUGUCCACAGAGAUUCCGAGAGCGGACCGCAAAAUCUCGUUGGGAAUCGCGACGAUGGCCGAUUCGAUCGGUAUCGCGUUGGCGGGAUGGAUGUCGAUGCCGGUUCACAACGCCAUCUGUAGAUUGCCGCAGCCGACCCGAGUGGGCAGCUAGGAAUGUGCACACGUAACAUAGUAUUUCGACAAUGAUCA